AUGGGGUGUGAGCGGGAGCCCCGGGCCAGAGCGCCGGACGCGCGCCGCGGGGAUCGGGGCCGGAGCGGCGGGCUGGAGGGUUUGCCGGGCGAGCGGCGCCCUCCUCCGGUGACUUGGCGCCGCGCCCGGGCUGGGGGCAGAGCCAGGAUUGGCUCGCGGCGGGGCGGGCUGGGGCCGCCAGAGGAUAAAGGCCCGCGCCGGGCGGGCGCUGGCGCUGCUGGUGGUGCUGGGAUCGCGCACGUGCUGCUCCGUCGGGUGGCCGCGUUUGCAGCAUCUUUGGUGGCUGCGUCGGAAGGUCAGUGCAAGAGGUGUCCCCUGCUGCGGCCGUCCCGGGGAGUGAGGCUUCUCGCAGACCGCGGAGCCCCCCGGCCCGGGCUGGCCGGGGUCCGUGGAACUGGCCGCCAGCUGCGCGCCGCCGUCUCUGCGCUCCCGCCAGCGCGCGCGGGGACCGGGCUGGGGGCUGAGAGCACAUUUGAAAAGCAAAUGCAGAUCAUCAGGAUGCUGAGGCAUGUGGCUGUGGCCCGUGGAGCAGUGCAGAGGCCUCUCCGCAGCUGCUGGAUGUCUGUCCUGCCAGUCCGGUGUCUGGGCAACUCCUCUUCGCAGAUCCCAGAGAAUGCCAGCUUCCACUCUGCCGCCUCCUCUGAAGCAGACCCUCCGCGGAUCCUGAUUACAGGGGGUCUUGGCCAGCUGGGAGUGGGGCUUGCUAACCUUUUAAGGAAACAAUUUGGGGAGGAAAAUGUGAUUUUGUCAGACAUAAAGAAGCCCCCCAAUUAUGUCUUACAUCGUGGCCCCUUCAUUUAUGCCGAUGUCCUGGAUUACAAGCGGCUCCGGGAGAUCGUGGUCAACCACCGGAUCACCUGGCUGUUCCAUUACAGCGCUUUGCUCAGCGCCGCUGGAGAGGCCAACGUGCCCUUGGCCCGAGCCGUGAACAUCACUGGGCUGCACCACGUCCUGGACAUCGCGACCGAGUACCACCUGCGCUUGUUUGUGCCCAGCACCAUCGCAGUUUUUGGACCUACCUCUCCCAGAAACCCAGCCCCUGACCUCUGCACCCAGAGGCCCAGGACCAUCUACGGGGUGUCCAAGGUGCACAUGGAGCUCAUGGGAGAGUACUAUUAUUACCGGUACGGGUUAGAUUUCCGCUGCCUGCGGUACCCUGGGAUCAUUUCUGCUGACUCGGAGCCUGGGGGAGGAACAACUGACUACGCAGUCCAUAUUUUCCACGAGGCCACAAGGAGGGGCAAAUUUGAGUGCAACCUGAAGGCCAACACCAGGCUUCCGAUGAUGUACAUCAGCGACUGCCUCAGGGCCACUCUGGAGGUCAUGAAUGCACCCGCAGAGUCUCUCUCCUUGAGGACCUACAACAUCAGCGCCAUGAGCUUCACCCCUGGGGAGCUGGCCCAGGAGGUCCGCAGGCACCUGCCGGAGUUCCAGAUCACCUACCAGGUGGACCCUAUGCGGCAGGCCAUAGCGGAUAGCUGGCCCAUGAACUUGGAUGACAGCAAUGCCCGGAAGGACUGGGGGUGGAGACACGACAUUGAUCUUCCAGAGUUGGUGACGAAGAUGCUGAACUUCCACGGUUCUGACACCAGAGUUGCCCAGACCAACUGA